CUCACACUUCUCAGUAUCUCUUCAGACAGCGGAGAGCUGGCAAAGGCUGCGGAGUUGAAAGGUCGCCCCUCUGACAACAAAAUGGCUCCAUCGACCCCUGUGUCUGGAUUGUCUCUUCCAUGCCUGGUGCUGCUGCUUCUCCUGGAGAUCCCUGGGGCCCGGGCCCAGGAGUUCCAGCUGCUGCAGCCCCAGGGCAACGUGUCGGUGUCAGCGGGAGAGACUCUCACUCUGAGCUGCUCUGUGACUGGGCUCGCUCCAGUGGGACCCGUGAAGUGGUUCAAGGGCUCGGGCAGUGGCCGCCAGCUCGUUUAUUCAGACAAGGAGCCACAGCCCCCCCGGGUGACGAAGGCCGUGAGUGGCUCUGACACAGACUUCACCAUCCGCAUCAGUGACACCCGCCCCGAGGACGCCGGGAUCUAUCACUGUGUGAAGUUUAAGAUGACGUCGGGAGGUGAUGAGGAGAUCAGCUCCGGCACUGGCAUGGACGUGACUGUGCGUGCCAGACCGUCGGCCCCGUCCGUGUCCGGCCCCCCCAGCAGGGCAGAGCCGGGUCCCUCAGUGAAUUUCACCUGCACGUCAGGAGGAUUCUCCCCCAGAGACAUCACUGUAACCUGGCUGAAAAAUGGGACCAAACUCCCAAACCCCAAGACCCAGGUUCUCCCUGCACAGGAGAGCGUCUCCUACAGCGUGUCCAGCACCGUGGAGCUGAGCCUGACCCCAGGAGACGCCCGCUCCCAGCUCACCUGUCAGAUAGAGCACAGCACCUCCCCGGCUCCCCUGCGUGCGACUUACAACCUCAGCGCUGCCCUGCGAGUUCCACCCAGGCUGCGAGUGGGCACUGCCCCAGCGGCGCCCGUCGCACUGAACGCGUCUGUGACGUUCACCUGCCGCGCGGAGGGGUUUUACCCGAAGGACGCGAGUCUCACCUGGCUGGAGAACGGAAAUGAGAUGAAUCUGGGAAAAUCCUCCCCUCCGGCUGAGAAUCCAGACGGGACGUACACGCUCCAGAGCUCCCUGGAGGUCAAAGCAACUGAGCAGAGGAGUCAGUCCGUGUUCACCUGUCGAGUUGUGCACGAUUCCCAGCCCCCCGUCAAUGCCAGCGAGAUGCUGAGAUUUUCCCAGCCACCUCCUGAGCCAGGCAAAGAUCCCACUUCAUCUGAUGCAGGUCAGAGCCCGUUCUCCAGCCCAGCUCUCUGGAUCGGGCUCUUCCUGGAGAAGGUGCUGACUGCCGCCUUCCUCCUCUUCCUCUUCCUGAGAAGUAAACAGUGACCAGCCCCUGGUCUAUUUCCCGGUUUUCUCGCACUGUCGCCACCUGCCAACUUCUGUCUGCAGCCUCUGUCCCCCCAGUGCAGGAAGCGAGUCCCUAGAUGGUGGAGCUGCAGUGACCCCUGCUGGCCAAUCAGAUGGAGCCCAGGCUUGACAGAGCAAAGGUUAAGGGGUGACCUGGUUACAGUCUAUAAGUUCCUACAUGGCUCGGGGAACAAAUAUUUCAUAAUGGGCUUGUCAGUCUGGCAGAUAAAGGUCUGACACACGAUCCAAUGGCUGGAAGUUGAAGCCAGAUAAAUGUUGACAGGAAAUGAAGCCUAAUGGUGAGAGUAAUUAACCAAUGGAACAAUUUACCAAGAGUUGUGGUGGAUUGUCCAUCACUGACAAUUUUAAAAUCCAGACUGGCUGUUUCUCUGAAGGAUCUGCUCUAGGGAUUAUCCAGGGGAGGUUCUCUGGCAUGUGCUUUAGAGCAGGUCAGACUAGAGGAGAACAACGGUCCCUUCUGGCCUGGGAAUUUAGGAAUCUCUGAUGGGACGUACCCACCACUCACUCCUGCCUGCUGACGAAAGAGCCACCGGAAGGA